AUGUUUGGUCUCUUCAACUUUCUAGUCGCUCUCUUUGCUUGUGUCGGUUAUGCUCACGGUUCAAUCGCGUGGAAGGCGACUCCCUUCAACCCUCCUUCCGUCCCUCUUGCUGUUCGUUCUCCUUAUUCAUCGGCAUGGCUGCCCCAGAAUGCAGGUUCGGGAUCCGCGCUCAGUAACACUUGGCCUCAGUUCUGGAAUGGCGAUACGCUUGGAUGGGCGGGAUUUGUGAAAGUCGAUGGCGUGUCCUACAUUUUUUGGGAGCUCCUGCAGUGGCAAAGACUACGUACAAACAAGCUACGCAGACCAGCUUGUCGUGUCUUCGUCUUGACUGCUGGCCCCAUUCAGCUGACAGUGACCUUCUUGAGUCCCGUCGAGCCGACCAGUCUCGUCAACCAAUCUAUACCGUUCUCGUACAUGUCGGUUUACGCAACCCCGACAGACGCCAACUCCCAUUCCGUGCAAGUUUAUUCGGAUAUCAGUUCGGAGUGGGUUUCCGGCACUGACAGUCAGAAAGUCAACUGGACCACGACAACUGGCGACGUGAUCAUCCAUCAGGUCCAGCUUGAGAAUCAGACCUUGUUCACAGAUAGUGGUGAUCGUGUUCAGUAUGGAGCGGUAUACUACGCGUCACAGAGCUCUUCCAGCACGACAUGGCAGACAGGCCAAGAUCUUGUCUUGCGUGCUCAAUUCAUCAAUAACGGCACUCUUCUGAAUACGCAGGACACCAACUUCCGCGCGAUCAACAAUGACUGGCCGUGCUUCGCCUUUGCCCACGAUCUUGGGAACAUCACCGGCCAGUCGGACACCGUCGUGUUUGUUGUUGGACAUGCCAGGGAUCCCGCCAUCAGCUACGUCGCAACAGGUGGCACGAUGCAAUCGCGGAGCUCGCUGUACCUGAGCCAGUUCUCAUCGACCAAUGACGCGAUUACAACCUUCGUUGAAGACUACAGCAAUGCGCUGAGCCGGGCGAAUAUUCUUGACGCGGAGAUCAACAAAGACACGACGGCGAUCUCUAGCAACUACACAGACAUUGUCGCGCUCUCCGUAAGGCAAACGUUCGGCGCUAUGGAGUUCACGUACACUCCGGGAAAUGCCUCCGAUGUCAUGGUGUUCGUCAAGGAGAUCAGUAGUUCCGACUCAGUCAGCACAACGGACCUGCUCUUCUCCGCGUGGCCUCUCUUCUUGUACACGAACGCCGCUAUCGGCAAGGCCGCAUUGCUUCCGUUGCUCGAGUACCAAGCAACCGGGCAGUAUCCCAACAAGUGGGCUUGUCAUGAUUUGGGUCCUGCGUACCCUAAGGCCCCUGGGUAUCCGAAGGGAAACGACACUCGCAUGCCGGUCGAGGAGGAUGGCAAUAUGCUCAUCAUGGCCUUGAGUUACACUCAGAAGACCAACGACAAGUCGCUGAUCACCACAUACUACAGUCUCCUCGAUCAGUGGGCCCAGUACCUCGUCUCCAACACACUCGAGCCGACGAACCAGCUCAGUUCGGACGCCUUCGCGGGUUCGCUCACGAACCAGACCGACCUUGCCCUCAAGGGCAUCAUCGGUAUCAAGGCUAUGGCAGAGAUCGCCAGCCUUUUGGGCAACUCUUCAGCGAACUCGAACUACAACUCGAUCGCGUCUUCGUAUGUGCAGAAGUGGCAGCAGAUGGCGACGACGUCGGAUGGGAUACAUCUGACGCUCCAGUACGGCAAUUCGUCAAGCUGGGGCAUCUCGUACAACAUGUACGCCGACAAGCUUCUAGGAACCAACAUCGUCCCUAGCUCUGUCUAUGAGAUGCAAACGGAAUGGUAUACCUCCGUUGAGAAUACCUAUGGCGUGCCUUUGGACACCCGGAAUACAUAUGUCCUCAGCAACUGGGAGAUAUGGGCUGCCGCGACCAUGACCACCACCUCUGCACAGAACCAGCUCAUCAACUACGUGCACAAAUACCUCUCGUCCAGCCUGAACAGCGUCCCCGCUUCUGAUUGGGCACGACCGGUCGUCGGUGGCCACCUCGCGUUGCUCGUCACCUCCGCCUCCAACUCUACGUCGGGCACGAGCAUCACUGCUGGGCCGACUGCGACAGCAGCAUCACCACAGUCGUCGUCUACGGCUACCACGAGUUCCCACUCUUCCGCGAUGAGUUUGGAUCCGCGCACGGUCCUCAGCUGGCUUUGCUUGCCUGCUCUGGCAAUGACGCUCCUGUCCCUCGCUUUGUAG